AGGGCACGGCGGGGGCGCCUGCGCACAGCGGCGCGGCGCGGCGAGAUGGCGGACAAAGAAAAGAAGAAGAAGGAGAGCAUCUUGGAUCUGUCCAAGUACAUAGACAAGACGAUCCGCGUGAAAUUCCAGGGAGGCCGCGAAGCCAGUGGAAUCCUGAAAGGGUUCGACCCGCUCCUCAACCUCGUGCUGGACGGCACCAUCGAGUACAUGAGAGACCCCGAUGACCAGUACAAGCUGACAGAGGACACGCGGCAGCUGGGCCUGGUGGUGUGCAGGGGCACCUCCGUGGUGCUCAUCUGCCCUCAGGACGGCAUGGAGGCCAUCCCCAACCCCUUCAUCCAGCAGCAGGACGCCUAGCGCUCGGGGUGGCCGGCACGCUGCUUCCCCGGACUCUGCAGGGCUGCCCUCCCACCUUACUGGCCACCCACAGGACCGGAACUUUCCUUUUUGUAUAGAUUGUGUUUUUGUUUUCUUAAUAAAACUGCAAACCUCAA